AGUGGAGUUCACAGUAGGAGAAAAACCAGUGUCAAAUUUUCGAAUGAUUGAGAGACAUUACUUCAGAGAUCGCCUGCUGAAGAACUUUGACUUUGAUUUUGGCUUCUGCAUCCCUAGUAGCAGGAACACAUGUGAACACAUUUAUGAAUUCCCUCAGCUCUCAGAAGACCUUAUCCGCCUGAUGGUUGAAAACCCUUACGAGACCCGCUCAGACAGCUUUUACUUUGUGGACAACAAGUUGAUCAUGCACAACAAGGCUGACUAUGCUUACAAUGGAGGACAGUAA